AGUCGAGCUGUCAUCGGGCGAGAAAAGUGAAAUCCAUCCGCACCGCAGACGCCAUUUAAACGUUGGCGCAAGCCUGCAGAGAGAGAAGACAAAAUAUUUUUGUUUUUUCCUACCAUCCUGGUUCUGUUUGGUUCCACAUUUCGUUUUAGUUUACCAUCGUAAGCCUUAGCUUAGCACGUUAGCAGUAAGCCACAGUCGCAUUGCAGGACGUAUGCGAUGAUCCCGAGAACUAAAGUGUUUGUAGGCAGCUUGCCACCGGCGACGAAGCCGGAGGAAGUGCGCCGGCUGUUCGAGAACUAUGGCGUGGUGACGGAAUGCGACGUCAUGAAUCGGUGCGCGUUCGUCCACAUGCAAAACCAGGAUAUGGCCGAGAGUGCGAUCCAGGCGCUGCACAAUACCACCUUCAAGGGUGUGACGAUCGUGGUGGAGCGUGGCCGGGUGCGGGAAAGGCCGCCGGGCGGCGUCGGUGGCGGCAGCAUGGAUAGUGCGCGCGGUCGUCCCGGCGCCGGUCCCAUGCGAGGCUCGCGCGGUGGAAUGCGCAGCCAGCCGUACGGUGUCGGCGCUGGGUACGGUGCCGCUCGCACUCCGGGAGGUUAUGGGGCACGUGCAAACUAUGGUACCGGCGGUGGUCGUUAUGAAGGAGGUUAUAGGAACGACUCCGGGUACAGUUCCUCCAGCAAUGCUUAUGGGUACGGUUACAGCAGCAAUGGCGGGGGCUAUGGAAGUACCCGGCACUCUAGCAGCGAGGACCGCCGCGGUUUUACACUGCCAUCCUAUCCCUCCGAUCCGAGCCGGGGAACGUACGGUAGCAAUUACGAUGGCUAUUCCAGCUACGAUGGCGGCUACAGUAGCUAUGGGUACGAUACUACACAAGGAUCCUCCAGCUACCAGCGAUGGCCAUCUUCAGCUCCAGCAACGGCAGAUAGCUACUCAUACGCUGGCGGCUACUCACAAGCUUCGGCGGACCCCGCAGCAGCAGUGGGACAAACUACAGAUUAUAGUCAAUCUUAUCCUUCCAUGAGCAGUAGCUCCUCGGGAUACCGUUCCGCUUCCGGGUACGGUCAGCCAGCGUCGGGCAGAAGAUUCUAGGAAGAUGCCAACGGAGCUGCAUGAGAAUGUGUGCGAGGGGUCUGUAGCAGCAGCGGCAGCGGCAGGGGAGAAAUCUUAUACGUUUGUUCAAUGCGACAUUGCGUCCCACAACCUCAUGUUAAAGCGACUAGGAUCAGCGCUACUCUAGGACGGUCCACGGUAUCAUGUACUGUUACUAUCAACGAUCAUCAUCUCUCGCCCUACACAAUCAUCGUAAUCAUCGGUUUUGCUCACGAUUAUGCUCUUAGUUUUCACGCCGCCACGUGAAAGUAGUUGGUGUAGCACAUUUGUAAACUUCGGUACCCUCUGCACUAACCAAACCAUUCAGAUAAAGUGAAUGCUUUCUGCAUUUUCACGGCAGUGGCAUGAUUUGCGAAUAAGAACAAAGAAAGAGUUACUAAUUUACUUAACACACUACUACCGUACUGGUUCAGAUUGUCAACUGGCAGCAAUCUUUCCUUCCCUUCUUGAGAAUGAGUAUAUAAUUUGUUACUGUUUGUUAAUGUGCUUUAGAAAUGUGCUAUUUCCUGUUUUUCUUUCUUUCUAAUUUUCGCUUCAAAUUUACAAUCGAAAACGACCGAUUGUGCGGACAAAUCGAACAGUAAGCAUUAGAGUAUAGAAGGAAAAGCAGCCACUCUAAUCAGUCUAAUGAUGCGUUAUGUAUUUUUUUUAUGUAUACCCCGAAACCGGCCGCAGCAGCAGGAUCAGGUUAAUGCAUGCGCACAUAGGAACAAUGCGGAAAGACAAAUUCAUAAGGGGGCACAUCACCUGGGAGAAAAAGGACACACCGGCUGGGAACGUUUAGAU